AGUGCGAUUUGCAUCUGCUGCGGUCGAAAACGUUCCAGGAGAAGAGAACCCACAUGUGUGCAAAUUGUCAGUGGUGUAGCAAUUUCUUAGUUUCUUUUGAAUAUGGACGAGCUACCAGCAGACCUUAAAGCCUUCCUUCUCAAUCACCCAUUUCUUCAACUGACGGAUUGCAAAAAGAUAAAAUGCUCUCUCAACGGACAUGAGUUCCCUUGCAGUCUUACAGAGCUACAGAACUUCACCAAGGGAAAGAAGUACGAGAAACUAAGCGCCACAGCAGAGUUCAACUACAGCCAAUAUGAACCGCAUGUAGUACCGAGCACGAAACAAGCGAAUCAGCUGUUCUGUAAACUGACGCUCCGACACAUCAACCGCCUGCCGCACCAUGUCCUGCGGCACGUCAACGGAAAACGCUUCAAGCGGUCACUAGAAAAAUAUGAGGAGUGUGUGCAGCAGGGCGUGGAGUUCGUCCCGGUGUGCCUGCAGAAGAAGAGACCCAGAGACAGCGGGGGGGAGAGGGCCCGGGGGCGCCAUGGCCAGCGGGGGAGCGCCCCGUGGGAACCCAGCACCAGCGACGACGGGGGGAGUGACUCUGAGGACAGCAUGAGUGACCUGUACCCCUCGUCCAUGUUUUCUGCAGAAGAGACAAUAAAGGAUCAGGAAGAACAGACAAAGGAGGAUGACUUUCAAACAGAUGAGGAGGAAAUGGAAGUAGAUAAACAGGCUCCACAGAAACGCAGAAAGGUUCAAGCUUGUCGUUUCCAGAAAAAGUUCAAGAACCACAAGGAAAGAAAAGGCGCAAAUAACGGCGCAAAGAUUACAAAUGGAAAAUAA